UAUCCCGAUCAUUAUCAGUUGAUCGCACAUCCGAUUGCCUUGUCCACACUUCGAAAGUGGGGUAGCACUGGAUAUUACAAAAGCAUCACGCACUACAAAGAGGACUGGAAGCUCAUGUUCAACAACGCACGGAUGUAUGACCAGGAGGGUUCGUGGCUAUACAUAGAUGCUGAGGAGAUGGAGUUGAGCCGGAGGAGGCUGGCGCGCGGGAAUUCAUAUUUUUAG